AAAGUUUGGUUUUUUUGCUUCACUUGUCUCUCUGGCGCACUGGAGACGUGAAGCAAGCAACAACAAUACUUUCUGAAUCCAAAAACCCUAAAUCUCCUUUACCUUUCUUUGUCGCUGGAGAAGAUGGCUUCUUCUAUAUACUUAAAGCCAACGAACCUCCUCCUCUCUUCUUUCUCCACAGGCAGAGUCCUCCAUCUCCGCCGCUCCCGUUUCAGCCACAGACCGUCUUCUUCUUCGCCUCGGACUCUGGUGGCUCAAUUCGGGUUCAGUCAAGGCCCCGUUUCUCUCGAUUUGAUCAAGGAACAUGCUGAGAACCUCCUCUACACGAUCGCUGAUGCCGCCGUCUCGUCCUCAGAGACUUUUGAUUCUGUUUCCGGCACUACCACCACCACCACGACAAGCCAGAACAGUGAUUGGUUCACUGGUAUCGCCAAUUACAUGGAAACCAUUCUCAAGGUUUUGAAAGAUGGGUUAUCAACUGUGAAUGUUCCUUAUUCUUAUGGUUUCGCUAUCAUUCUACUUACCGUGCUUGUUAAGGCUGCUACCUUCCCAUUGACCAAAAAGCAGGUGGAAUCUGCAAUGGCUAUGAAGUCUUUGCAGCCUCAGAUUAAGGCUAUUCAGGAACGGUACGCCGGUGAUCAGGAGAAAAUUCAGCUUGAAACUGCCAGAUUGUAUAAACUUGCUGGAAUCAAUCCUUUUGCAGGCUGUCUCCCCACACUAGCCACCAUACCAGUCUGGAUUGGCCUAUAUAGAGCCCUCUCAAAUGUUGCGGAUGAGGGACUCUUGACGGAAGGAUUCUUCUGGAUUCCUUCUCUUGCCGGUCCAACAACUGUUGCUGCAAGGCAGAGUGGGAGUGGAAUCUCAUGGCUCUUCCCUUUCAUUGAGGGACACCCACCACUCGGAUGGUCAGACACAUUAGCAUAUCUUGUCUUGCCUCUAUUGCUUAUCUUCUCUCAGUAUCUCUCCAUUCAGAUUAUGCAAUCCUCUCAGCCGCAGAGUGAUGAUCCAGCCAUGAAGAGCUCACAAGCAGUGACGAAGUUUCUCCCGCUGAUGAUUGGCUAUUUUGCACUAUCAGUUCCUUCUGGUUUAAGUCUUUACUGGUUGACCAACAACGUUUUGAGCACAGCACAACAAGUAUGGCUUCAAAAAUAUGGCGGUGCCAAAAACCCUAUGGAGAAGCUCUCUAAUUUGGUCACGAAGGAAGACAAAACUCAAAAAGCUGACAAGUCUAUCCCACAACCUCUAGUUCAGAAGCCUGUUUCAGAAUUGAAAAUACCAAGAGACAAGGGUGGUGAGAAAGUGACCUCAGAAGGGCCUAAACCUGGUGAAAGGUUUAGGCUGCUCAAAGAGCAAGAAGCAAAGAGACGUCGAGAGAAAGAAGAGGAGAGGCAGAAAGCUGAAGCAGCUCUGUCAAAUCAAAAUACAGACAGCGCACAUGAACACGAGGGACAAUCUGAUACAGGUGUGGAAGAAACAGCUGAUGUUGGCUCUGUCGCUGUGAAUGGGAAGUUAUCCGUUCAAAAGGACGAGACUACUAAUGGGAAACUCGGCGUUGGCCAUGAUACGGAGCAACACCAUUCUCAUGAAACAUAGAAGAGGUCUUUAAGGUUUUAGUAUUUGUGAAGAAAAAAAAAUGGCCAAAUGGGUUUUUUGUAAGUCACGUUUCUUAUAUAUUUUUAUGUAUAAACAUAAGGUUUUGCUCUCA